UCACGUUUGCCUAAAGUAGAGGGAACAGAAUAAAAACCACAGAGAAACGUGUCGCUCUUGUUCUGGCUAAUUUGUAAAACAAGUGUAGCUGUCAGAACAGACACACUUCAGCUCAUGUCACUCCUUCAUUUGCUGCAGAUGUGUCCACGCUAGAUUCCGCUGCCGCCACAGCACGUGGACAUUCACGGCACCAACCGGUGCCAAUCUUCCUUUUUCUUUUUUUUUGAAAAAAAAGAAGAAGACGUAAAUCACCUCGGCGUUAACAUAAAACCCGGAAGAUGAACCAUCUGCCCGUUAACAACGCCAAGUACAAAGACGUUGACUACUGGGAUGACAGAUACAAGACAGAGCAGUGUUAUGACUGGUUGGGUAGCUUCUCCAAAUUCCAGCACCUUCUGGAGAAACAUGUCAAGAAGGAAGAUGCCAUUCUGAUACUUGGUUGUGGAAACAGCAGUAUGAGUGGUGACAUGUACAUGGCUGGUUACCAAUCCAUCACCAACAUAGACUACUCCUCAGUGUGCAUAAGCACAAUGGCCGCCAGGCACAGCGACUGCCCGGGUAUGACCUGGCACCAGAUGGACGUGCGUCAACUCUGCUUCCCCAGUGCCUCCUUUGAUGUUGUCCUCGAGAAGGCCACACUGGAUGUCCUCAUGGUGGAAGAGAAGUCUCCCUGGGAAGUGUCCCCUCAGACCGCCUGCUUCAUUCACCAAGCACUCACUGAGAUCAGCCGCUGCCUGAAGCCCAGAGGACGGUUCAUUUCUGUUACCUUCGCUCAGCCCCACUUCAGGAAACGUCUCUACGCUCGCACAGAGUACAACUGGUCAAUCAAACAGUACAGCUAUGGGGAAGGAUUUGGGUAUUUUGUCUAUGUGAUGACCAAAGGAGAGCAGCUCAGUGCAGAGGAUGCAGCUCUAGAGAAGAAACCUGAGGAUGCCAACUCUCCACCAAACAGCAACGCCACGACACAAAAGGAGGAUGAGGAAGACUUCCUGUCGAAUAUUGACUUAUAAGGUGACAAAAUGUAGGAACGUUUUUUAAUGCAUUAGACCAAAAUCUGCAUGUAUAUAUAUUACAUAUAUAUAUAUAUAUGUAUAUGUACAUAUACAUGCAGUACUAGUAUUACAAAAAGCUUCACUCGUCACAAGAGAAACUAAACAAAAUGUCUUCCUUGUUCCGAAAACAAAACCCAAAGCAAAGAUCUAUUAACCACCUUAGAAAUUGAAUUAUUUAGCAGCAAGUGAACCAGAUCCAAACUGCUCUACCAUGGUUUAGAUCAGGGGUGUCAAACAUACGGCCCGGGGGCCAGAACCGGCCCG